UCCUCCGCUUGAGAAGCGACUGCAGAGGAGGCAGAUGUCCGACUCACAGCCAGCCGCAGCCUGUGGAUACUCUCUCGAAUAGCACAGAACAAGACCGUUAUCGCCCCUCCAUCUGACUGGAUAAAGAGAGGGAGGGGGGCUUCGUUAGAUUUUUUUUUUUUUUUGGGUGGGGGGGCUUUUUUGGCAUCAAAUGAAGCGCUCAGUUGGACUUGGAAUACCGGGCAUCAGUAGAAAAAAAGACUGCUGCUGCAGUCUGUCUCUUUGCUUUGGAAUAUACAUGCGACAAACCAUGGAGAUUAUAUGACAUGGAUUUAUGUUUUUAUUCUUUAACAACCGACACAACAACCCUUCCCCUUCCUUUUUUGUUUUUCUUUCCUUUACCCUUUCGUGUUAACCUGUUUGGUGCUUUUCUUUGACUCAUGGCUACUUUAUGAUUUCACACUAUAUAAGUAACAUAGUCACAUCCCAUGUUUAAUUUCUCCUUAUUUGCUUGAAUUAUUUUCCUUCCGGGAUGCCUCACCAAGAGAACAUUUUGUGUGGAGAAGAUUCCGGAGCUGCAUCCAGAAUGAAUGAAUGAAUGAUAGUCUCUCUCUCAGCCUCCACCUGAGACGUGCCAUGGAUGAGAAACUUAAUUUGGAUCCACGGAACCGAUCGGGGAUUACUCGUCACAUCAAAUAACUACUUCUGACAGCGAUCAGGACGAAUGUCAUAGGAUGAACACUGCUGGUGGGGUGCAUCUGUCUGUGCUGUCCUCUCUCCUGGCUGCGCUCGGGGCCCUGGCUGCUGUGUCCCUCGCUCUGGCUCCUCUCUCCGCCCUGGCCAACGUUGCCUAUGGGGCUGCCGACGUCAUCCCCAGCGCCGGGGUAACGGGAGCCCCCUCGCCUACUCCGUGCUCCAGCCUGGUAGCUGGGGUGCUCUAUGGCUCUUUCUCCCUAAGGGAGCUUUUCCCCUCCAGGGCUCCAGGUUGUUCCUGGUCCCUGGAAAACCCGGAUCCCACCAAGUAUUCCCUCUACCUCCGCUUCAACCGCCACCCUUCCAUCUGCCGGACACACUCCCCCAUGCUGCUUUCCCUUGAUCACCACCUGGCUAAUCAAAGCUGUCCGCUACACUUGGAGGUGGCUUCGGCUCGGGAUCAGGAGGUCGUUGAUCUCUGCAGAAGCCAAUCCAACACGGAUGCUCCUUACUCCUUCCUGCAGUUUGAUAAGAACUUUGUCCAGCUAUGUCUCACCAGACAUCCGGCCGCAGACGAGCCUCAGGUAUCCAAGGAUUUACUGGAGAUGAGACUGGUCGAGGUGUUACUCAUCAACAAUGAGAACUCCAGUCAGUUCACCUGCGGCGUGCUCUGCCGAUGGUUUGAGGAGUGUUUUCGAACAGGAGACCUCAGAGAUGAGGAUGUUCUGAGCCGAGACGGUUGUGGGUUGACCCAAACAGGCUGCAUAUGUCCAAAUCAUAACAUUAUGCCACCUUCCAUCCCGCUGCUACCUGAGACACCCCACAGUUUCAGUAAUGGAUCCAUGGUUCCAGAUGACUGCUGCGUCACUGAGCUGCAUUCCAACGAUGCAAUCGCCAUAGCACCUAGAGAUGUCAGAGAAGACCCGUAUGAUGACGAUGACCUGAAGGUGAAGACGCAAAGACCAAGAUCAGCUGACCAGCCAGGUGUGUUUCAGGCACAAACAGGCGACCCUGCAGCAGAGGAGUGGUCCCAGUGGAGCGUGUGUUCGCUCACAUGUGGGCACGGCUGGCAAGUGAGGACGCGCUCGUGUGUUUCGUCUCCUUACGGGACACUGUGCAGCGGUGCCCUGCGAGAGACACGCAUGUGCAACAAUACAGCUUCCUGUCCGGGUGAACCGGGGAUCAUAAGCUCAGUGCAUGGGCUGUGGGACGAGUGGUCAUCAUGGAGUCUGUGCUCUGUGACCUGUGGGCGGGGCUCCAGGACUCGAACCAGGAAGUGUGUGAACGAAGGUGGGGCGGUGCCUUGCGGAUGGCCUGAGACACAGACCAAACUCUGCAACAUAGCAGUGUGUCCUGUGGAGGGCAAGUGGUUGGAGUGGGGUCCGUGGUCAAGAUGCAGUGUCUCCUGCAACAUGGGGACCCAGCAGCGGCAGAGACGCUGCAGCGCGUCCGUGCACGGCUGGGCCGAGUGUAAGGGCCCCCAUCAGGAGAGCAGAGAGUGCACCAAUCCUUCAUGCACUGGAGGGGGUAACUGGGGCAGUUGGAGCCAUUGGAGCGCCUGCAGCAAGACAUGUGACUCUGGAUGGCAGCGGCGCUCCAGGGUGUGCGAGGGCAACGGGGCACAAGGGUAUCCGUGCGAGGGCUCGGCAGAGGAGGUUCGGUCCUGUAACGAGAAGAAAUGCCCUGCUCCUCACGAGAUCUGUAAAGAUGAGAACCUCCUCACCACGUCGUGGAAAAAAGCCUCUGCUGGAGAAACCGUUUACAACAAGUGUCCAACAAACGCUACUGGAUCUGCUAGUCGUCGUUGCAUGCUGGAUAAUAAUGGAGUUGCUUUCUGGGGUCCUCCGAGCUUCGCCAGAUGCAUCUCACUUGAAUAUAGAUAUUUACAUAUAUCUUUACGAGAGCAUCUCGCGAAGGGUCAGAGGACCCUGGCUGGGGAGGGCAUGUCUCAGAUCGUAAGAAGUCUCCUGGAGCUCUUGCAGAGGAGGAGCUACUUCAGUGGCGACCUUCUCUUUUCCACGGAGAUCUUGCGAAAUGUGACGGACACCUUCAAAAGAGCAACCUACAUCCCAGCUCCUGACGACGUGCAGAAAUUCUUCCAGAUAAUCAGCCACAUGUUGGACAUGGAAAACCUUGACAAGUGGGAGGAUGUGCAUCAGGUCGCUCCCGGUGCUGCGUUGUUGAUGAGAAUUUUAGAAGAUUUCAUCCAUCUCAUCGGCGAGGCCCAAAAGCCUUUUCAGAGUUUUCUGGUGGUUACCAACAACCUUAUGAUAACCAUCCAGCGAGAGCCUGUGUCAGCAGUUUCUAGUGAUAUUAACUUCCCCAUGAAAGGCCGGAGGGGGAUGAAGGACUGGGCCAGAACAGCAGAGGACAAGCUCUACAUCCCUAAGGAGGUCUUCACCAUCCAAAAUGAAGACGCAGAGACGGAUUCAGAGUCGACAAUGUACUAUGUCAUUGGAGCCAUCUUGUACAGGACGUUGGGCAUCAUUUUACCACCACCAAACCAACCUGCAGUAAUCAACUCCAAGAUCCUGACUGUGACAAUACGGCCAGAGCUGCAACCCAGCGAUCCAGUAGUGUUGGUGGAGCUUGCAACACUUUUUAAUGGUACAUCCGACCCUCAGUGCGUCGUGUGGGACUACGGCAACCCGGAAGCUGGCGCCGAAAACUGGGGCACACAAGGCUGCCAAACGCUCGCAUCAACCACUGUCCAAACCAAAUGCAUGUGCAGCAGGAUAUCCACCUACGCUGUGCUAGCGCAGCAAGCUAAAGAGCCGGAAAUGGGUCCCACCAGCAUGCCCUCAGUGCCCCUCAUGGUGGGCUGUGGGGUCUCGUGCACCGCUCUGCUCAUCCUGCUUCUUAUCUAUGCUGCCUUCUGGAGGUAUAUCCGCUCGGAGAGGUCCAUCAUCUUGGUGAACUUCUGCCUCUCCAUCCUGGCCUCCAAUUUAUUGAUUUUGGUGGGACAAUCACAAACACUCAGCAAGGGCCUAUGUACCAUGACUGCUGCCUUUCUCCAUUUCUUCUUCUUGGCCUCUUUCUGCUGGGUGCUGACGGAGGCUUGGCAGUCUUACCUGGCGGUCAUCGGCAAAGUGAGGUCACGACUCAUUCGCAAGCGCUUUCUGUGCCUCGGCUGGGGUCUUCCAGCCUUAGUUGUAGCGGUGUCGGUCGGGUUCACCAGAGCAAGAGGUUAUGGCACAGCCAGCUACUGCUGGUUAUCCCUGGAAGGAGGUUUGCUUUAUGCCUUUGUUGGACCUGCUGCCGUCAUCGUAUUGGUGAAUAUGCUCAUUGGAAUCGUGGUGUUUAACAAGCUCAUGUCUCGAGACGGCAUCUCAGACAAGUCAAAGAAGCAGCGAGCGGGUGUCCCGGUGGAGGCGCGUAGCCGACUGCUCCUGAAAUGCUCCAAGUGUGGCGUGAUCUCGAGCACCGCUCUGUCCAGCUCUACUGCCAGCAGCGCCAUGGCAUCUCUAUGGAGCUCCUGUGUGGUUCUUCCUCUGCUGGCCCUCACCUGGAUGUCAGCAGUGUUGGCCAUAACUGACCGCCGCUCAACACUUUUCCAGGUCCUCUUUGCCGUUUUUGACUCGGUCCAAGGUUUUGUCAUCAUCACGGUGCACUGUGCCAUGCGGCGAGAGGUGCAGGACGCGAUGCGCUGUCGGAUGGGGGGGUGUAAAGACGACAGCGAAAACUCCCCAGACUCCUGCAAGAACGGACAGGUGCAGAUCAUGACCGAUUUUGAGAAGGACGUGGACUUGGCGUGCCAAACAGAGAGAGGACACCCAUUCAUUUUCAAGGAGGUGAACACCUGUAACCCAGCCACCAUCACCGGCACCUUGUCCCGGAUAUCCCUGGAUGACGACGACGACCCCAAACUUACUGCCCAUCAAGAUGGGGGAGUCAACUUCAGCUCCCUUCCUGGGAACAUCCCCCCUCCCAACCUUAUUGUGCAGGUUCCACCGCUCGGAGGUCUCAAUGAGCUGAGCGAGACGAAGAAGGAGGUGAACGUGGACCAGCAGAGACAGCAGCAGCGUUGUGGUGCCCCGAUCUAUCUGUGCACCGAGAGUGGCCUCGGGUGGGCUCGGCCGCCAGCGUCCUCCAACACUUCCCAGGACGGAAGUGCCGGGAGUGGGGGGAGUGGCGGCGGAGGAGGCAGCGGAGGAGAGGGGGACUACAUGGUCUUACCUCGAAGGACAGUCAGCAUCAAGCCUCCAACGGCGUCCUCCCAAGGAGGCGGCCUGGGCCUGGGAGGCGAGGACAAGCCUCUCAACAUCGCAGUGGAGGAUCCCCCUUUCCCGCCUCCCCCCUCGCCUUUGACCCUCCAUCCCGCCGAGAGCGAGGCCUACCCAGCGGAUUUUGUGCCGUCCAGCGUGGGUGACAUGAACAUCAGCAUGAACCUCAACCGCUCCUAUGGGACAAUCAAAACGCUGCCCCAUGGACACGGCCACAUGAUGGCUACGGGCGGCCUUGUUCGCUCCCACGGGGGUCACAUGCACCCCCACGGGCAUUCGCUCCAGCUGAAGCCGGGACAGAGGCCGUCAGUGAGACAGAUUCUCACGGGGGGAAGCACAGUGGAGAGAACCAGAACCCUGCCGCGCAACCUGGGCAGCAACAAUGCCAACGCUAACCUUUCUGCAGGAUCCUUGGAGAGGAAAAGAGUACGAUACUCUGAGCUGGACUUUGAGAAAGUGAUGCACACUCGCAAAAGACACUCUGAGCUGUACCAUGAGCUCAACCACUCUUCCAAGUUCCACACCAUAGACAGGUAUAGCAGGGACCCAGCCAUGUCCACAUUCAAGAGGGAAAAGCGAUGGAGCAUUUCGUCUGCUGGAGGUGAAAAGAACUCAUCCAGUGACAAGUCAACCCCGGACGACCGAACCUCGUGGGACAGCUUCAAGACCAUGACCCCUGAGCUGUCCAUUGUGCCGGGGGAGCAGAAAGACCGCAUGGAGCUGCACAAUAAGAACUGGGACUCGUCCUCUGCAAACACACCAGACUCAUCCGAGGGUGACUUCCAGACUGAAGUGUGAAACCCUCCCCCCCCCAUGUACACAACCGUACGAAGACACCGAACUUCUGCAAAGAUUUACUUUACUUCACACACUUGAAAAGAGCUGACACACAUACACACAACAUGACCUGUCGGAUCCCCCGGGCUCACUUUGUUUACUGCUGCCGUGGACAGACAUGAAGAGAAGACUGUUCUAAACUAUAUUUUCACAGAGACUAUUCAAAAGAAAGAACAGAAACUUGACGCGUCUGUGACUGAUGGAGACCGUUUUUAGUCGACUAAGAAACUAUGUAUUUCCGAGAAAAUGUUUAUUGCAGACUACAAAAAAAUUAAAAAAAAAAGUUGUUUGAUGAUUUGCAGAGGAGAGAAAAAAACAAGAGACUUUCUGCACCUGUCUUUUUAUAGCAAGGGGAGGGGGGGAAAUGUCACACUGUUUGCCACCCCCUCCAAGCACUUUGCUUUCAUUUAUUUCCUUGACCCCUCUAAUGGAUGAUACAUUCAACCUCUCAGUGUUUUCUCUUUUUUUCUUAUGUUUUUAUUGUGUGUCGUCUUUUUUUUUUUUUUUUUAAUCAUUUGGAUGGGUUGGGGGGAGGGGGGGGCGAUAGGGGCUGGGAAUAAGCUGCUCACUAAUAUGUGCCAUCCUCUUAUUCAGGUUCCAGUUGAAAAAUCUCCCAUGUAGACACCCCUCACACAUCCGCAGUGUUUAACAUUGUAUUCCACAUUUUGUGUAUUUUCUAUGGCUUAAUUAAAAAAAGAAGUCCUCCCAUAUGGUUUGAAACUUUUAAUGAAAAAUGAUUGAAACAAACUACCAGGCGAGUUGUGUUCUGUGGUCGAACCGUUAUGGGCGGAAUUAAGCUAUGCUUCACACGCUUUUGCUGCUUUUCAUUAUUUUUUUGUAGUUGUUUCAUUUCCUGUGAGAAUUAACCCAUGUGGAAGUCCCUUAGAAAAAUAAUGUCAUUUAGGACACAUACUGCAGAUUAAUAUGAGCUUGCUGGCUCAGAUAAUACAUGUCUCACAUGCCGUUCGUCCAUUAGGGAAAAGCAAGGAUUAUGAUAGUUCCCACCCCCAUUUUUCUUGGACAUAAAAGCUUCUCCUCAUCUGUAUCUGAAUGUCAGCCUAAUGGAGUAUGCAUAGGCAAGAGUAAGAUACUUUUUCCAGAUUGAUGAUGCUUUUGAAGCCACUUAACUCCACCAUGGAAGUUCUCAUUAGGCUUUUCUUGUUAAGUCUGUUAGAACUACACAAAAACUACAUGGUUCACGGGUAAAAAAAAAACAACUAAACUUAUAUUGCGUUGAGAUUUGAUAUUUUUCUUAAGGAGUAAUGCUUGACUGUUAGUCACGUUUCCACUAUGAGUUACAGUUGGUUUGAAUGUAUGAACCACUGCACAUGGCACGUGAUCGCUACUGACUGUCCACCAAUCAAUGGUCACCAGUCGUCAGUGACAUACGAUCAGGGGAGGCAGGUAAGGCUCUGCUUCACCUGUCAUGAUGAGAAAAAUAAAUAAAUUCCUCAUUGAGCUGAAUUAUAAAUGUAUUUUCUGUAUGAGUCAAAUCGUUUUUAACAUUUUCUUAAGUCAAAAUCUCUGAAUUUUCACAUUCCCUGACCAAACACAGGGAAGAAACCUAAGAUGAGGCUGCUGCGUGUGUCUCCUCCCAGCCUACCAUCUGAGUGCACUCGGGGAUUGCACUGACAUGGGUCUUGGUGCCUGCCAGUUUCAGUUUGUCAGCACGUCGCCAAUGAAAUAACAUUGCAGAAACGUUUGUUAUACAUCACGACUUUAUACAGGCCGUGAGUGCGUGAGCUAAAAGGUUCUUGUCACUGCCCUCCAUAGAGAGGAAAACCCAGAGGGUUUUUUAUUUUUGCACCAGCUGGAGAGCAGAAACUUAAAUGCAAUAAAGAUAUUUGUAUCUUGUAUCUGAAUUACAUAUCCAGGCUCAUCAGAAGGUCAUCAGACUUUUACAACAAAGAAAAUCAGAACCUUGAAUGGAGAAGGAUAGGGCGCAUGCACUUCAUAUACAGAUAAAAGGUAAGACCACACAUGUUUUCCAGUUAAUAAAAAUGAAUAAAUGUGACUAAGAAGUACGUAAAAGCACAAUUUGUGAAAAGGAGCCAGUGCCUCACCAGCCAUGAACCUCAUCACAUGUCACUGCCAGUAGCCUCUUUGAAAGUCAUGACUCGUUUCGCUUUUUUCCAGUUCGCCGUUCUGUGUAAACUGCACCGCCACAGAACAGGGAUGAUGUCAUUUGGACAAAAUUCCACCUUCAGGGGAAGUAGCAGAGCCAGCAUAACUCCUGUGUGAAAGGGGCUGCCGGGACACUCACUUUUCCAGUCCUGUUGUGUUGAAAGUAAGUAGAAUCAAUUCCUGAACUGUGCUGCUCAGUGCAAAAUUAGUCUUUAGAGGCAAAACUAAGGCCUACAAUUUGAUACUAGUCCAAAUGGUGGUUGUCAAAAAAUACUUGACCAAUGUUCAGUCAUGGGCCUCUAGAAUUCCCAUCACUUUUCCCUCCCCUGUCUUGGUCUACCAAUUAUUAGUCCUCUUGCUCCUACCUCAGCAUGGACUCCAUCCUGAAACUGCCUUUGUUGCAUCUUUUUCCUUUCCCUCAUCCCAGCUUCAAGCCAACGCACAAGGCAUGAAAUGUUAAUGUGCACUCCCGGGCCAGAUUCAUGUAAUUUCUUCUUCCACAUCUGUCUAUAUGAUCACAUCCCAACUUCUAUAAUCUGCUCUCGAAGGGAGGGAGUUGCAUGGCUUAUCAGGCUGCAAGGUGAAGGUGAAGCAAAAGGCUAUACGUGAGACUCCCUGCUUGACAUUCAGCAUCCAUACUUGGGUCAAUGCAAGAGGGCGACUUGUUUCCUGCUGUUGCUACAUGAGCACAUUGGUCCUCCACACACGGACAGAGAAGAAGUGUCAAAGUGCAGGAUGGAUUCAAUACAUGGCUCACUUACUUUUGGCUUUCAUUAAUCUGAGCGUCUGCUGAGAAUGAUGGGGCGGAGGGGUGAAAAGUUCCAAAAUAACCCCGCUGGUUUUCGUGAAUGCAGAUUAAGAAUAGGGGAGGCUCAAAACAGUAAUUAAGGGGAUGGAGAUUUGUCCUGACAUUUUCCAACGCAGCCCUCAAACCAUCUGUUUAAAGAAUCCCUAAUGUGGCCGUAGCGCGGCACGGCGCAGAUGGUUGAGACGAGAGUGCAGCUCCUCUAACCUUUUAAGCCAAACAGCAGAUAGACAACUCUUCAGUUUGCUUUCCUCUCAGAGGAACAAAAAAGAGGUUUGGUCCCAAAUCGCUAUGCUUAAAGUGACAUUCACUUGACCUUCUCGGAGCUAUGAUGUAGGUUAUGGUCACUCUGUGUCUGCUGCAUGGGGCCACAACAUCAUGCAGGUGAAAUAUUAAAGCAUGAAAAAAUCAGUUUGAGACGUAUCACAAUACCACAAUGGACCACCCAGGCACCUUGUUGCCAUGGUAACUUCAAUAGAAAGCAUGUUGAAAUGAGAAUUUCAUAGUGAUCUGCUGUACGAGAGCUCGUGUUUUAUCAGUUGAGCGUAACUGCAAGGUUUCUUGCAAGAGUCACCCUUGUUUAUAACGUACUGUAGCUCACAAAGGUGAAUGCCCACUUCAUAUUCCGGGCCCAGAGCCAGCAGUUCAUUAGCAUCUCAAAAAGAAGGAACGUUCCUUUGGUGACAGGAAUGUUGAAAUUCUGCAUUGGGGGGGGCCGGCUGCUUUGAAAGAGUUGUGAAAGAAGCCAUUCAUGAGGAGGAGGUUUGCACCAUCACCUAUUGUCUUGCCCCAAAUAUUGUCUCAUUCCACAGGAAGAGUGGCCACCAACGAGCUGUUUUGCCACCAGGCAGGCGAACAACCUGUUGCCACGCCAGGCAACAAUCAUAUCAACCACUUUAUUGUGACUACCCUCAGGGGGCACACCCACCAGAUAUAAAAACAACUAGCAAGAGGCAGCUAACAAUGCAUGUAAAAGAGGCUCUCUAAAAACACCCACAAAAAAUGCCAACAAUGUUUCAUUGCCAUGUUGACCUGCAUAUUAACCAAGCUGAAGCAACAUUGUUGUUGUAGGAGCUAACACCAAAGAACUACUUUCCUGGCGUAGUGACACAGCGCCUUACUCGGUGCUAAACUCACAGCGUCUCAGGCCACUAGCGAGAGGUAAUGUUAGCUGCUGGAGAUGCUGCUGCCGCACCGCCUGUGAGUUUGGGAAAGUUAAUGCUAGCUUAUAAAUCAUGCCUCGCACAUGUAUAGUUGACGGUACCAACUGAACACGUGAUGAAAACUCAGCUCGGUGCUUGUUUGCUCUCAGCAUCUUCUCAAGGGACAAUACUAGAGAAUUAAAUUUGGAUGUACUUUAGAGUACUAGAGUACAGCUCGUGCAGCAGUAUAGAUUUACUGUCCAGUGAAACAGACUCAAUACGCAGAUCUGUUAUUGUCUAAAUAGCUGGCAACGCAGGAUAAUUGUUUUUAGAUAAUUGCCUACAGUCCAGCAUGGCGUGAGUGCUGGGAAGCUGCGGGGCGUCCACAUCGGAAAGGAUGGAAUGGUUGGAUAAAGUAUAUAACACAGGAUGUUUUUUGUUUUUUGGAUAGUCUAUUAGAUUACACCCCACAAAGAAAUGCGAUUAUUGAUGCAAGCAAAUUGUAUCUGCUUAGAUGGAUGCCAGUUUUCUCUUUCCAGACACUUUUAUAACUUACUGUAAAUCUAUUUUCUACUCUUGGUGUAUAUACAAGUAUUAUUAUACA